UUGUUUUCAGACAAAAUUCAAUUUCUACCAACAUUAGGAGGAAAGACAAUAGUUAUGUAUCAAAACUAUACAUUCUCAUAUGUGAAUGGCAAAAGAUGUUUGCGGUGUUCUAGAAAACUGACGAUGAAGUGCGAUGCUCGUCUCACUCUGGACGCUCAAGGCAACAUUGUCUCUGCUUUAACUAAGCAUAAUCACCCGCCGCCAAAGUUCCAUCGAACAUCAGAAGGACUAUAUAUUAAAUUACAAUAA